AUGUCUCCUGAUUCUGCGAAGCCUGAUGAACCUUCGCAAUGGAAACCACGAGAAGUUUGUUCAAUUAUUAUAGUAUGCGUUCUCUUCCUCAUAAUAAGUUACUAUGGCAUAUUUAAGCGUCUCUUAUGUGAAAUGUACCGAGCAAGCACCACUAGAAACCAUGUUCAAAGGCGACUCCUAGAUGAGUCUAUUCCCAAUGAUCAUUCUCUGCAGCUUCAAAGCAUUGGAUUGGAGUUAUCUGUGGUACACUCUCUUCCCAUAUCUCAGUUUAAGAAAAAUGAGGAAGAUCAUAAGCCAAUAAACGUGGACUGUGCCAUUUGCUUGGGAGAGUUUGAAGAAGGGGUAUGGAUAAAACAUCUUCCAAACUGCACCCACGGCUUCCAUGUUUCCUGCAUUGACACAUGGUUUCAGUCUCAUUCAAAUUGCCCUAUCUGCAGAUCUCAUGUCUACCUUGACCUCCCUGCCAACUUAGAGUGUUCUGUAUCUUCUUACACGUUGACAGAGAGUUUGAGGAGGGAAGACUUUAUUCAUGAAAGGGCUGCCCAUUUUCAAUCCAUUCGCUCUGAAAUUCUGGCUAUUAGACAACAGUCUAGUCCUGGUUAA